UUAUUUAGUACAUAUUUAGAGUGUUUGCAUUGUGCCACACUAAUUUCCUUCUUUUUGCUAGCAAUUUCCGGCGAGCGGUGAUAAAAAUAUUUAUCUAUCAACACAAUGGGUUUCGUUAAGGUAGUCAAGAACAAGCAGUACUUUAAGAGGUAUCAGGUGAAGUUUCGUAGGCGGCGGGAAGGCAAGACUGAUUACUACGCCAGGAAACGCUUAACGUUUCAGGACAAGAACAAGUAUAACACUCCAAAGUACCGUCUGAUUGUUCGUUUGUCCAACAAGGAUAUUACUGUUCAGAUUGCUUACGCUCGCAUAGAAGGGGAUCGCGUUGUCUGUGCCGCUUACUCUCAUGAGCUUCCGAAGUACGGUAUCCAGGUUGGUUUGACCAACUACGCUGCUGCGUAUUGCACCGGCCUGCUGGUUGCCCGUCGUGUUCUCAACAAGUUGGGUCUAGACUCUUUGUAUGCAGGGUGCACUGAGGUUACUGGAGAGGAGUUUAACGUGGAGCCUGUCGAUGACGGCCCAGGCGCGUUCCGUUGCUUCUUGGAUGUUGGACUGGCUCGGACCACAACUGGUGCUCGAGUGUUUGGUGCCAUGAAGGGAGCAGUUGAUGGUGGUCUGAAUAUUCCCCAUUCAGUGAAGCGUUUUCCUGGUUACUCUGCAGAGACCAAGAGCUUUAAUUCCGAUGUACACCGCGCUCAUAUAUUUGGUCAGCAUGUGGCAGACUAUAUGCGCACUUUGGAGGAGGAGGACGAAGAGAGCUUUAAACGCCAGUUUAGCCGUUACAUCAAGUUGGGAAUUCGUGCUGAUGAUCUUGAAGAUAUCUAUAAAAAAGCCCACCAGGCCAUUCGUAACGACCCCACCCAUAAGGUCACCGCAAAGAAGGCUUCUGUCGUUACAAAGAAGAGGUGGAAUGCUAAGAAACUAACUAAUGAGCAGCGCAAGGCCAAAAUUGCCACCCACAAGGUAGCUUAUGUGGCCAAGCUCCAGUCGGAGACUGAGGCCUAAAAGUGCCAGUCACUUCUUGAUUGACUGGUGUGAAAAUAAAUAAACAGUUGUAAUGACAUUUA